UUACAGAACGACUGAUAAGACUCAAGUGCAGACCAGACUUUACUUUGGAUAAGAAAUACAAGAAUACUGAAAAAAAUAGAAUCCAACGGAUGUAUAUAUAAUUCUUUUUCUAGAUCUUGAAGGUACGGGCAAGUACUAUGUUUGUAAUGAUUAGAAUAUUAUUGUAAUAUGAACUAUGAACCCGAGGUGAACCCACGAGGGAACAUGGCGGCUAUUAUUAAAGACGCUGGUGAAAUUUGGACUCGGCUAUUCGAUCACCGACCGUUUGUCCAGGGUGAAAUUACGUUCUUUCUACGAGAGUUCCAGGAGAAGAGAGGCGACCGGGAAGUUGAACGACUGUUCAAAAUACUCGAGUAUUCCACGGAACUAAAAGAAAAUCAACUAGAUCGAACGGAGCAGCUUGGCGAUUGUCAUUUGCCCAGCUUAAAAGCGAACGUUGAUGUCGCUCUGAGUAUGUGCGAAAGGGUACUCCAAAGAGAACAAUAUUUCGACAGCGUAUGGAUCAUUUUCAAUCAUUUCUAA